AUGCCCGAAACCCCUCAAAUCAUAGAGCCUGCGGCUAUCAGCGAAUCAACGAGUGUGAGCACCGUUCUGAGUGACUCGCUGUCUACUACAGUGCCCUCUAGCAUCUUGUCCAACCAGAAGGCAUCAGCACAUCUCCGUUUAGAACCACAGGAGGCGUCUACCGUGUCACUAUCAUCCUUAGCCGCUACAUCCAUGAACAUGACCCCUUCACAUAUCAAUGAAACUCAUUUAUCACCAGAACAUCCAUUCAAGAUCGCCGUUAUUGGUCUGGGCAAUUGGGGUUCUACUAUUGCCAAAGUCCUCGCAGAGAAUGCUGCACUUUAUCCCAAGCUUUUCGUGGAACAAGUUGACAUGUGGGUGUUUGAGGAAAUCGUUGAUGGCGAACCCUUAUCAGAAAUCAUCAAUCGUGAACAUGAAAAUGUUAAGUACUUGCCUGGCGUAAAGCUUCCUGACAACUUGGUUGCAAAGCCCGACUUGCUUGAUGUUGCUGGUGAUGCUGAUUUAUUGGUUUUCAACUUGCCUCAUCAGUUCUUGCUGAGGAUUUGUUCUCAAUUGUUGGGAAGAAUCAAGCCAUAUGCUAGAGGUAUUUCGUGUUUGAAAGGCUUGGACGUUUCAAAGACUGGCUGUAAGCUUCUUUCCACUGCCAUUGAAGAAAAUUUGCACAUCACCUGUGGUGCACUUCUGGGUGCCAAUUUGGCUCUGGAGGUUGCCGAAGGAAAAUGGUCGGAAACAACCAUUGCAUAUAAGAUUCCCAAUGACUUUAGAGGUCCUGGUAAAGAUAUCGACAAGUACGUGUUGAAAGCUGCUUUCCAUAGACCCUAUUUCCAUGUUAACAUUGUUCAUGAUUUAGCAGGUGUUUCAGUUGCUGGGGCAUUGAAGAACGUGGUUGCUCUUGCAGUUGGCUUUGUUGAAGGUUUGGGUUGGGGUGAAAACUCCAAGGCUGCUAUCAUGAGAAUUGGUCUUAUGGAAACUAUUAAAUUUUCGCAUGUUUAUUUCCCCAAAUCUAAAAAUGCAACUUUCACAGAAGAAUCUGCUGGUGUGGCCGAUUUAAUUACCACCUGUAACGCAGGAAGAAACCACAAGGUUGGGAAAUACAUGGCAGAAAACAAGAUCUCUGCAAAGGAGGCGGAAAGCAUCCUUUUAAACGGCCAAUCAUCUCAAGGCAUCAUCACCACGGAAGAAGUUCACGAAUUGCUUGAAAACACUGGUCAUAUGGGUGAAUUCCCUUUAUUUGAAGCAGUUUAUCAGAUUAUUUUUGGUACUGAAGCAAUUGAGAACUUACCAGCAUUAUUGGACAAGGGUAUAGACUUUUAA